UUUCACUUCUCCUCCAGCAAAAGACAAUUGAUUCAAUUGCACUCUAACACAAUGAUCUGCAAUACUUGUCGCCGCGCAGCAAUGCGCUCUGCUCGUCUGCCUCUGCGCACGCUUGUCCGCGCUCCUACAACCAUCACCCGCAUUACAACACAAAUACCUACAUCAACGCCCCGAAGACUUCUCUCGACUUCUACCACUCGGUUCUCCGCUGCCGUUGAGGAAGAGCCCGAUCUGCCUUCCAUGAGCCCCGCCGAGUCUGCCAUCGCCGAGAUACUCUCCGAGAAGCUUCAACCCACUGAACUACUUGUCCAAGAUGUUUCGGGUGGUUGUGGAAGCAUGUACGCCAUCGAUAUCACAUCCCCUGCUUUCAAGGGUCAGACAAUCCUUAAGCAGCAGCGUAUGGUGAAUGCUGCUCUCGGCGAUCUUGUCAAGGGCUGGCACGGCGUUCAGAUCAGGACCAAGGUCCCUUCUGCUUAAGCGCAGUUAGGGUAUACAACGGCGAAAACUGGUGGAGGUACGGGAUGGGACGAUUGUACGACUAUUGAGAUUGCUAGAGUUCGGGACGACACGAAUGGGAAGAUAUACCGGUUCUAUAAUCGCGUAAGAUUUAGAUCAUGUUGCGGCUCAGCAGCGAAUGGAUCAAUUGAGCCUUUAAAUCGACAGGCUGCUGUAUAAUAGAGAAACAGAGGAACAAUGCAUGGGAACCACGGCCGAAAUCUCAGCUAUGGGGCAAAGCAUAAAAAUAUCAUUCAUCGUCAAAACACAUACCUGUCAGAUGCAGC